GCAACAGACACUUUACUUUCUUGUCCGCGCCGUGAACUUACCAUGGCAAAUGCUAGAUGCAUUGUGUGAUAUCAGACAUGACUUGUUGAUUGACUUACCUGAUUACGGCGGCAAUCCGGCGAUUGACUCUCUGCAGUUUUCACAAUGGCGGCCAUCACUGCCAACUCAAUGGUUCAUCAGAUACCUCCAAUGUCCAUUCCCGCCAUGCCCCGUAUACGGCCUCCUCGGAUGUUAAAGGGAGAACCUCAUCCAAACCAAGUCCUCCAACCUACGGUCGUGCCAAAAAAUGCCAACAUAAAAUGGGUUCAGGGCAAAUGGCGAGCGGGAGGAUCUAAUGCGGUCAAGAAUAAAGCAGCCACGCAAGACAUUCAGGUCGCAAAGGCUCUUCGACAUCAGACGCAUGGCCUUGACAUCUACGCCUAUCGUCAUAUUCGAACGAACCAAGUUGUGUACAGCUUGACGAGGACUCUGCAGGAAACAAAAAUCCUCAAGCAACUGCUUUACCAUGGCAAGAAGACUGUGCCUGCGUCGGUACGCCCGGACAUGUGGACGCCGUACUUUUCCAUACACUUUCCACCUACAGCUGCGGGAGCAUUGGAAGGGCUUUUUGCAUUCCAGAAACUCCGCGAACUUUCGAUGCAAAGACAACUAUCCCCCCCUGAGGACUUGAUCAAAGCGACCCAAGAGGACAUUGACAUUGUGAAAUCGAAGCUUGGGUCACCCGUGACGCUUCAGGAAAUGGCUGUUCGUGAUGGGCUGGUUGGGAAGAUUCCCAAGCUUGACGAAAUCCUACCGAAGAAGCUACGGGCACGAAAGUUGAUGGAUCAAAAAGCCACCAGUGUUGCUGAUACGGCUUUUGUGCUUGACUGGAUAUCUUCGGGGCCCAGUCCUUGGGAAAAGGUGACGAUGGUCGAAACCAAUCGCCUGAUAAACGCCUCGGAAAUGACAAACCGAGCACGACGGCGCAUCAACAAGAUACGGAAGGAACUGGAGAGAAAGGCGGCAGAGAUUCGACAACGGGCGGCGUUGGCUCUUCAGGAUCUCCCUGCACACGAACGGGCGCUCCUGCCUCUCACACGCAGCGCGAUUCACCAGCUCAGCAUGGAGCACCAUGGAACGGUCAGCGGACGGAAACUUGACGUUGUGGAUGGCGAACACGAAAAUAAUCUGAAGGGGCCGAAAGACUAUGAUUCCGUCCAAUUACGAGAAGAACUGAAACAGCAGAAUUUGGGUGUUUUCAGGGAACGCCAGCAGAUCGCGAAAGCAGCGGAGCAGGAAGCUAUGAAGGAAUGGUUCGAUCACAACAAGGUUCCGAUUACGGAGAGCGGCUCGGUAUGGGAACAAGUUUCCGCAGCUCGAGAGUCAGCUCUCCAGGCCUUCGACGCUCAAGAAAGAUCAAACGGAAAAGGUUCGGAGACACAGACUGCAACAUCCCCGAUGCCUAAGGAGACUGGUGCGAGGACGAGCUCGCACAGUACCGUCUCAAAACCUGAUUGGGCCGACAAACCCCGUGAGAUUAAGAUGUACUGGGCGGACUUGAAUGACGGACUCUUCGCGGCUUCUUGGCCACGAAACGUCGUACAUGGCGCUCUGGCACCUUUCGGGUUAGCAAAAGCCUGGAAGACGAAACUUGGACUUGAUGACGAGGGUGAAUUCCCGAAAGGUGAGCCACAGCAGCAGUACCAAGCCGUUGUGUCCAAGAGCGUACACGUCAUCGGCGGUGGAAUAAACGAUGGGUGGAUGCCAAAGGAGAUGGCAAACGGGCAUACGCAGCCGCCAUUGUGGGAACAACCGCCGUUGGCAGAGAUUGAAGAAGAGACGGGGGAGUAUUUGACUGAGCAGGCAGAGAUGCAGGAGGCUGGGUCUGUCUCGCAAGAAGAGAGAGUUGCAUAUAGGUCACCGACGGACGAGUAUGAGGAUGUGGUAGUGGAGACCCGGCCCAGAGGUUUGUGGGGACGGGUCAGAGGGCUUUUUGGUCGGUGAACAUCGAUGCAUCGUUGGCGAAAAAGCGUCCUCGAAGGACGAGGGAUACGAUCAAUCCACUCAGAAGAGAAGGUCAAAGCAUGGCAUCCUCGUGGGAAGGCUGGGGAACCUGAACAACGCCUUGGACAUGUCCGAGGAAAGCGAUAUUCCUCUGAACCCCUAAGCGCCAGGCUUCUACCGGAUCCAGGCGACAGGGCUCGUCAACUGUACCUUCUUUGCCUCUCUCCUGGAUUGUGGGUGGUGUACCAAAGGCCGGCGGGCUCUCUCGAGUACUCUUCACGGGCGAGCUCGACGGAGUAUUAUAUAUGUAUAGAUGUGUACAACAACAACAAUAACACCACCACCACCUCUAUCGAUCUC